AGAAAAUAUGAUAAAAUAUUCAUGGCAAAACUAGAAUACAAUUUUUGAAUUAUUUUUACCAUUGCCUCCCCCCUCCCCACCCCAAGCCUGACUCUUUGAACACACACACACUCUCUUUCUCUCUAUAAAACCCCCAAAGAUCCUCCUUUUUCGAAGCUUAGGACACCAGAUCUCUUAAAGAUGCCUACUUGCUGAGAGAGAGUUAGGGGACGAUAUGUUCAGUGAAGAAGAGUUGAGAGAGAUAAGUGGAGUGAAGAGAGGAGAUGAUUACGUGGAAGUCAUGUGUGGAUGCACCAGCCACCGUUACGGUGAUGCUGUUGCUAAACUUAGGGUUUUCUCCUCUGGUGAACUUGUAAUCUCCUGCGAUUGCACCCCUGGCUGCCCUGAAGACAAGCUGACUCCUGCUGCAUUUGAGAAACAUUCUGGAAGAGAGACAUCUAGGAAAUGGAAGAAUAAUAUUUGGAUCAUUGUUGAUGGUGAGAAAGUUCCAGUGGUAAAGACUGCACUACUCAAAUAUUAUAACCAAUCUUCAAAUAGAUCUCAAAAUGGGCGAGCUUGUCAUCGCGAUGAGUUUAUCAGAUGUACUGAUUGCAACAAAGAACGCAGAUUUCGUCUCCGCACAAAUGAAGAAUGCAGGAGCUACCAUGAUGCUUUGGCUAAUCCGCACUGGAAGUGCUUUGACAUUCCUUAUGACAAAGUUUCAUGUGAUGAUGAUGACGAACGAGCAAGCCGUAGGGUGUACAGAGGAUGUUCGCGUUCUCCAACGUGUAGAGGUUGCACUUCGUGUGUGUGUUUUGGAUGUGAAAUAUGCCGUUUCUCAGACUGCAGUUGCCAGACUUGCAUUGAUUUCACAAGGAAUCACCCUUAAUUACUUCUUUUGUCACACCUGAAUAUUUCUUUCAAUUUAGAUGGCCAUGUUUUUCCCCAUCAUUAAUUCAUUUUAACCCCCUUUACAUGUUUACACCAUGUUUUUGCUGACAUUCUCUUUCAGGGAUUUAACCAAAUUUACAAUUACAGUCAAAGGCUUUAUCUUUUCCUAUCUAGUUUUUCGU